AUGGCGAGACAACCAGAUGAAGUUCCAAUUUUGUGUCCUGACACCGACGUAGAGGCAGCAUCGAGCGCAGACGGCAGUCGACACCAGGAAUGCAGGACUUUGCAGUCAUGCGAUUCUCCCAGUCCUAAGGUGCUUCGACGAGCGGUGCUUGCAGCGGUGUCGCUAUCCGCCUUGGCUCUCAUAUUCUUUGUCGGGAUUGCAGUUUCUGGACCCCCGAUGCACCACACGGCAACCAACGCUGAACGCGAUCUGCAAGCAGUAGGCCUGGAUGAGUUCACCGCAGAAGCUUCGUCGGGAACCGAGCUGGACUCGGAAAGUGAUGCAGCAGGCACGGCAGACAUGGCUCCCAUUGAUGCCGCCGCCGACGCUUCCCAAGUUGAUGCUUCCGACCCAGCAGUGGUUGAGGAUGCGACAGACUCUCUUCAGGAUGGUGCAGCCGUUGCUGGAUCCUCACCGGAGGUUCUGCCAGGCGACAUGCAGACUUCUGUGUCUGAUAAUGCUGACCCGGAAGUCGUGGGAGAUGCGCCAGACGCUGUCGAGCUCGAGGGCGGUGCAAGUGAUGUUGGAUCUACAUCGGAGCUUCUGCCAGGCGAAAUGCAGACUUCUGAGUCUGAUGCUGCGGACCCAGAAGUCGUUGGAGAUGCGACAGACGCUGUCGAGCUCGAGGGCGGUGCAAGUGAUGUUGGAUCUGCAUCGGAGGUUCUGCCAGGAGAAAUGCAGACUUCUGAGUCUGAUGCUGCGGACCCAGAAGUCAUUGGAGAUGCGACAGACGCUGUCGAGCUCGAGGGCGGUGCAAGUGAUGUUGGAUCUGCAUCGGAGGUUCUGCCAGGAGACAUGCAGACCUGGAUGUCUGGUCACCCAGAUGGCACAGUUGACGCUGGUUCCUCGGAGGUUCUGCCGGGCGAUAUGCAGACUUGGAUGUCUGGUGGCUCAGAAGCUGCCUUGUCCCACGAACUCCACGCUGGUUCCAGUGAGGUGUCUGAUGUUGGCAGCGUCCCACUGGACUGCACCGGCCGGCCCGAGAUGUGGGACUCAUCGAAGCGCGGUUGGUGCUGUGGCAUUCCUGGCAUCCACUGCGGGAGCACCGUCGUGAUUCAUCACCAUGUGGUUGUACCCUAUCAUUGCGAUGCUGGCUACUCCCAUUGGUCAAAUGCUUGGAGCAGUGCCAAGCAGGACUUCUGUUGCCAACAUUCUGGUCGAGGUUGUCAGGCUUAUCAUUGUCGAGAAGGCUUUGAGACCUCGUACAGCACUUGGUCUUCCGCUAAGCGGGCAUAUUGCUGUGCGCAUCAUCAGAUGGGGUGCAAAGUCAUGAACUAUGACUGCUCAGCUGACAAGUCUCACUGGCAGCACAAGUGGACCGAUCACAAGAAGUCUUGGUGCUGCAAGACAGUGGGCAAGGGAUGCCCAAAGACUUACAGUUGCACGACCAGUGCAGUGAACAAGCCAAGCACCUGGGCUCAGGAGCGACAGGAUUGGUGUUGCCUGCAGUACGGCGUGGGCUGCCCACACUACUCCGCGCCGUACGAGUGCAAGGGUGGCACUGCCGACCUACUUGGGUGGUCAAAAGGCCGGCGAGACUGGUGCUGCAAGCACUAUCAACGCGGAUGUGCGAAGGAUCUUGUUACAAAGCCGUUCGAUUGUUCUGCCGGACUCGCUGAUUCGAAGACGCUCUGGCCCAAGAGCAAGAAGGAAUGGUGCUGUCACCAUGAGAAACGUGGCUGCGCGGACUCUCUUUUGGGCGGGAGUUUUGACUGCGACGAUGGCUUCGACAACUGGCAGAGGGGGUGGUCUCCCUCGAAAAAGGAGUGGUGCUGUGCGCAGGAAAGCAAAGGUUGUGCGGAGCAUUUCACCUGCGAGCGAUCGAGAGAAGACGAGUGGUCUGAAGCCGAGCGGGACUACUGUUGCGACAAGUUCCACUACGGCUGCAGGACGGAGCCGGAGCCGGCCAAGGUCUUUGAUUGCAAAGCCGGGUAUGAGGAUUGGGAGCAUCUUUGGCCUCCUGCAAAGCAGGAAUGGUGCUGCAACGGCUACGGACGUGGUUGUCCCGUCUCUGAGCCUUUUGACUGCCAAGCUGGCCUGUCCAACUGGCAUGCCGGGUGGUCUGACAACAAGAAGGAUUACUGCUGUCACAAGCAUGAGCUUGGAUGCGACAGUGAUGAAGGUGAGUCCAUAGGAUCCAUGCAGAUUGACUGCACAUCAGACUACAUCAAUUGGCCGAAGUGGUCAUCUGGCAAGAAGUUGUACUGCUGUGACAAGUACAGUCUGGCAUGUGAGGGAGACGUUCUCCACGUUCAUCAUGUGAUGGGUACGGUGGACCAUAUACAUGCAGAGCCUUAUGACUGCGUGGCUGGGUUCGACAACUGGCAUCGUGGUUGGUCCAGGCACAAGAAAGGAUACUGCUGCGACAAAUACGGGCUCGGAUGCUCGCACGGCUACAUGGGUGGACUUGGCUGGCACGAUUUACAUGCCACGCCUGGUCGUGUGUCAGUCACGACAGUACAUCACCACCACAUCCAUGUUCACAGCUAG